AUGGAGGAUCCGCAGCUGCCGUUGGUCCGCUCAGCGAAUGGAGCGCAUGAUGCAUGGUCACGGCUGGAAGGACAAUUCGAAAAGGAUAGCCUCGCAGACAAGCUCUUUCUUCGUCGUCGCUUCUCAAGGGCCAAGAUGGAAGACGGUGAUGAUGUGAUGGAACACAUCAACAAGAUCAAGACGCUGGCGGAGCAGAUCGACGCUGUGGGCGCCUAG